GACAAUUUUUGUGAAGAACGGUCUGAGAUUCCUGGAGAAUUUGGGACGUGGGGAGAGGGGCUGGCGGAGUGCAGAUUUACAAGCGGACAGAGAGAAUAACAUCCAAGCUGUUCUACACCAACAUGGCGUCUUGUGGUCCUUUUCUCCUCCUGGCUCUCCUCAUGGGUCUCCUCCUCGUCCUCCAGAGCUCCGCAGCGGAGCCGAGCGCCUACCCAGAGAGCUUGCUAGUUAUCACAGCAGCUACAGAGGAGACCGAUGGCUACAAACGGUUUAUGAGGACCGCCAAAGAGUUCAACUACACUGUCAAGGUGCUGGGUCUGGGGGAGGAGUGGAAGGGGGGGGACGUGGCCAAUACGGUUGGGGGGGGGCAGAAGGUUCGCUGGCUGAAGAAAGAGCUUCUGAAACACGGUGACCAGCGGCACCUGGUCAUCCUCUUCGUAGACAGUUAUGAUGUCAUCUUUGCGUCGGGACCCGAGGAGCUCCUCCGCAGGUUCCGGAGGUACGGUCACCGGGUCAUCUUCUCGGCGGAGGGCUUCUGCUGGCCGGACCAGAGGCUGGCCUCCAAGUACCCCCCUGUCCACGUAGGGAAGAGGUACCUCAACUCUGGAGGCUUCAUGGGCUAUGCCCCAGACAUCAGCUCCAUCGUCCAGCAGUGGAGAAACAAAGACAGCGACGAUGACCAGCUGUUCUACACCAAGAUAUACCUGGACCAAACCCUACGAAGCAAGUACAACAUGACGCUGGACCACCGAUCCAGAAUAUUCCAGAACCUCAACGGAGCCAUUGAUGAGGUGGUGUUGAAGUUUGAGAAGGCCCGGGUGAGGGUCCGGAAUGUUGCUUACGAUACACUUCCUGUUGUCAUCCAUGGCAACGGACCCACCAAGCUCCAGCUGAACUACCUGGGCAACUAUGUCCCUACGGCCUGGACCCAUGAGAACGGCUGUGGCGUCUGUGACAACGACGUACUGGACCUCAACGACCUGCCGGACGAGGAGCUACCCCUGGUGUAUGUUGCAGUGUUUAUUGAGCAGCCGACUCCGUUCCUGGAGGAGUUUCUGGAGAGGCUGACGACCUUCAACUACCCCGUUUCUAGGAUACGACUCUUCAUACACAACAACGUGGUGUAUCAUGAGCGGCACAUCCAGAAGUUCUGGGAGCGCCACAGGGCCUUGUUCCCCGAGGCCCGCCUCGUGGGUCCGGAGGAGAACCUCCAACAGGACCAGGCCAGAACCAUGGCUGUGGAGGCGUGUAAGAAGAACCCAGACUGCGACUACUACUUCAGCAUCGACUCUGACGUGGCGGUCGUCAACAACGACAUCCUGCGCCUACUCAUCGAGGAGAACAAGCCGGUGAUCGCUCCCAUGCUGUCCAGACAUGGGAAGCUAUGGAGUAACUUCUGGGGCUCUCUUAGUCCCGAGGGCUUCUACUCCCGCUCCGAGGACUACAUCGACAUCGUCCAGGCCAAGAGAGUGGGCGUGUGGAACGUGCCCUACAUCACCCAGGUGUACCUGAUCCAGGGCAAGGUGCUGAGGUCCCGGCUGGCGCUGAGCAGCCUCUACCAGCAGGAGGGCAUGGACCCCGACAUGGUGUUCUGUAGGACCAUACGCGACCAGGGUGUGUUUAUGUUCGUGUCGAACCGAGAUGAGUUUGGUCGCCUGGUCUCCUCCACCAACUACAACACCUCCAGACUCCACCCUGACAUGUGGCAGAUCUUCGACAACCCUUUGGACUGGAAGGAGAAGUACAUUCAUGAAAACUACUCCAAGAUUUUUACGGACCAGAAGAACUUUGUCGAACAGCCGUGUCCAGAUGUAUACUGGUUCCCCGCCUUCUCCGAGAGGAUGUGUGACGACCUGGUGGAGACCAUGGAGGAGAACGGGGAGUGGUCUGGUGGACGCCACAAGGACGAGCGCCUCGCGGGGGGAUAUGAGAACGUGCCGACUGUAGACAUCCACAUGAACCAGGUGGGCUUCGAGAAGGAGUGGCUCAAGUUCCUCAAGGAGUACAUCAGCCCCGUCACCGAGAAACUAUACCCUGGUUACUUCCCGAAGGCCCAGGCCAUCAUGAACUUUGUGGUUCGGUAUCGUCCAGACGAGCAGCCUUCUCUGAGGCCGCAUCACGACUCCUCCACCUUCACCAUCAACGUGGCCCUGAACAGCAAAGGAAUCGACUACCAGGGUGGGGGCUGCCGGUUCCUGAGGUACGAAUGUAACGUGGAGGCCCCCAGGAAGGGCUGGUCCUUCAUGCACCCGGGCCGCCUGACCCACUACCACGAGGGCCUGCCCACCACCGAGGGAACCCGCUACAUCAUGGUCUCCUUCGUAGACCCCUAAGAGAGGGGCCGUUCCCGUGGUAACGCAGGAUCACACCAUCCCACCGCGUGCCGCCACGGUCACACACUCGUCACAUUGGGACGGUGGGGUGUGUUACCGUGGUCACGCACUCCUCACCGUGGUAACCCUUGGGAUGGUGUGAUGGGUUAUCUAUUGCCCCUGGCCACACACCCUCUUAAUGUUCGGACUCCUUACAUUGGGACGGUGCAAUGUCCUCGUUUUGCCACGGUAAUGCGCUCUUUACGUUGUGCUGGUGUAGUCUGUUAUCAUACGUAGGCCUGUUUAGAUGUGUUGCCAUGGUGACAGAAUCAUGUGUUGCGGCCUGUGUGUGUCUCUAGGCGAGGCUAAAAAUCAACUGGUUACCUUUCUAAUGUGAAGGUCAUCUGGCUAGAACCUGGCCUUAAGACUCCCUCAACACACUCCAUCUUCAAUCUAUGCAAACCAACCAGGUUACACUUGUGUGUGUGUGUAAGUGUUAGUGUAUGCGUGUGUGUGUGUGUGUGUGUGUUCCUGUGUGUGUGUAUGUGUGUGUCUGUGUUCUGGGUGCAAUAUGGUGGAUCAUCCUCCCUCCUCUAUAUGUUCUGACGUUGCCAAGGAAACCAGGCCUGCUCCCAUUGCAUUUUCGCAGGCUGCUGUGCCAAGUCUGUGAUUGGCCAAUAUUCGUACCAAUCACGGACCAGAAAAACUUAAAAGUUAUCUUUGACUGAUUGUUUUUUUACAUACUAUUUGUAUUGUUUAACUUUAUUGAUCAUUUAUUUGUUAACAUGUUUUUAUCUCUCAUGCACGGUGACUAAGGAUCUCCAACCAAUCACAUUUGAGAAAGAGUAUAUUUGGGCUUUGUACAAACUGCUUUAAAUUAUUUGUUAUCAUUGAGAGAGAGUCUUUUGAGAUUUUAAUAAAUAAUUUUUCUCUA